AUGAUGAAGCAGCUAUUCGUCCUUGCCGCCUGCGUGGCCGUGGCCGCUUCUACCGUCAUCGACUGCAUGUCGUGCAGGCUCGACAGCAUCCAGGUCGACACCUUCGUCACUGGGAAGUUCACCAGCCCGACCCAUGGCGCCAUCGAGAUCACGAAGCUCGGAUGCCAGCAGUCCGGCAGCCAGUCUGGCCAGGGACCUCAA